UGAAGGCUUGCGAGUGCCUCUCUCAGUCAAAGUGGAGCACAUGUGAUUCUGUAAUCUGUGUCUGACUUUGUUUCAGUAUUUACGCGAUUGCGCUGAUCGCGGCGCAGCUUUUUGACAGCCCCGGUGAUAGAAGAGCAGAAAGCGCUGGAAAGGAGCGCUCAUCAUUAAAAUAGGCGGAAAAACUCAGCACCACCUGGAAUACUCGGAGCUUUGCACUGCUGCAUUAAAUACACCUGAACUUGUAUUUCAGUUCUCUUCAAGAGUGCGAUUCAAAGGUAAUUAUCUCAACUUGAAUAUGGCAAUGACUGAAAAUGAAACUUCACUAAAUACAAAUUACAUUCCUCAUUAUCUUCUUAAAGAUGAUCCAUUUGCCUCAAGACUUCCUAAAGAAGUGGAUAUAGCAGCUGCCUUCUACCUUAUCAUCAUAGGGGCCCUCUCAAUACUUGGAAAUGGCUAUGUAAUUUUCAUGUCCUGUAAACGAAAGACAAAACUAAAGCCUCCUGAGCUCAUGACAGUGAACUUAGCGCUGUUUGAUUUUGGAAUUUCAGUUACAGGAAAGCCAUUUUUUAUUAUUUCGUCUCUUCAUCAUCGCUGGUACUUUGGAUGGGCAGGUUGCUGCUGGUACGGCUGGGCAGGUUUCUUUUUUGGCUGUGGGAGUCUGAUAACAAUGACUGUGGUCAGUUUUGAUAGAUACCUAAAGAUAUGCCAUUUAAGAUAUGGUACGUGGCUAAAGAGGAAACAUGCUUUCUACUGCUUAGCAUUCAUCUGGACCUAUGCUGGGUUUUGGGCUACAAUGCCAUUGUUGGGAUGGGGGAACUAUGCUCCAGAACCCUUUGGCACAUCUUGCACCUUGGACUGGUGGCUUGCUCAAGCGUCAUUAGCAGGGCAGAGUUUUGUAUUAUGUAUUCUUUUUUUCUGCCUAGUAUUUCCUACAGGCAUCAUUGUAUUUUCUUAUUUUAAAAUCAUUAAAAAAGUGAAAACAUCAGCAAAAGAAGUCGCCCACUUCGAUACCCGAAAUCAAAGCAGCCAUGUUCUGGAAAUAAAGCUAACCAAGGUGGCAAUGUUGAUCUGUGCUGGGUUCUUGAUAGCCUGGAUUCCAUAUGCGGUUGUAUCUGUGUGGUCUGCUUUUGGACAGCCUGAUUCUGUACCUAUUCCGGUAUCAGUGGUGCCCACCUUGCUUGCAAAAUCCGCAGCAAUGUAUAACCCUAUCAUCUACCAAGUGAUUGAUUGCAAAGCUACCUGCUGUAAACUGAGAUGUUGUCAACAACUAAAGAGGAAAAGACUGUAUAACAAGUCAAGGUUUUAUUCUAUCACAUCUGCUGGCAAAGGAUCUUCUGGUAUUGAAACCCACACGGAGAUGUGAAAGGUCUAUGGAGAGGAGCCCAUAUUGGCAGCUUGAAUUUCUUGGAAUUUCUACCUCUUAGAACUAUGUGCUUUACUAACAAAAAUAGUAGGUACAAUAUACAAGGGCAGACAGAGUACCAUUCAUGUGUGAUGUACAAAUAAAAUAAAAAGUAUUUACUUUCUCAACAGUACAAUUUAUUUCAUACUCUUAGUUACUAAAGCUGUGUAGAUGUGCUAAAACACAACACUUGUAUAACUGUGUCCAAAUUUAGUAAAUUUAAAUAAUAAUAUUUAAAAGCUUU